AUAAACACCGCCACCACCUGCAAUGAGAGUUUUCAGAUGAUUGCGGGCGCUAUUGGCAAAAAUUUAGGACUUUUUUGUCACCAACAUGCAGGCAAUAUUAGGAGUUAAAAAUGCCUUUUCUGUAGGGAAAGGUGUAUUCUUCAACUCAAUUUUACAGCAAGCAUACAAAUUGCCAACGGUUGCAGCAUCAGUUUUACCUGUGAGGUGCGCAUCAAAAAAAGCAAGCAGUAGUAAAAGAAACACAGGAGGAAAACGUAGAGGAAAACGUCUUGGCUUAAAAAAGCGUGAUGGGGAAUAUGUGCAGGUUGGGAUGAUACUGGUUCGACAGAAAGGUGCUUAUCGUUGGUUGCCAGGAAGUUAUGUUGGAAAAGGACGUGAUAGAACAUUAUUUGCAAUGGAAGCUGGACGUGUGUACUUCACACGUGAACAGUGGAUACCGGCCCCCAUUGAUGCGUUUACAAAAGAUGUUGCUCCAACGUUACCGGAGGAAAAAUUGGUUCGGACAUUUGUACAUAUCGAGCCAGAACCACAAGUUGGACGAUUCAAACUUCUUGAGCAAGUGUAGGGAUAGCUUGAUGAGGUUUUGAACCAAUGAUCGUUUUGGCAAGUGGUUUAUUGGACUGUGAUAACACUGGCGGCUUCAUUGCUUGCUCAAUAUCGGGGCAGAUCCAGAGACUGUCAGUGGGGGGGGGGGGGGGGGCGGCGAAAGUGGGGCCUGUUUGAUACAACACAACCUAAGCGAUACGAGGGCAUGCCCCACAAAUUGUUUGUUUUCUAGACGCCCGAAAAUAACCUCUGAGGCAUUUCUGCCGAUCAAUUAUUUCUAUUUCUUUCUUUCUUUCUUUUGUCUUUUUUUUGGUAAAAUUCCAAAAGGGGCCCCUUCCCUAAAUCUGCCCUUGAUUAUGCUAUUGCUGUUUGUGUCUGGUGUUUGUAAAGAAAAGGAAAAACCUUAGUUUUUAACAAAGGGUGAGAAAUAUGGCCUCAUAGGGAACAUUAAACCAUCACAUUAAUACGAACUAGUGCUGUGUAACUGUCCAAAUUUGACGGAAUGACACAGACACGAUUUAGAGAACGUUUUGACUGAAAAUCCAGAUAGAAAUACAAAGUUCACUUACCGUCAUUUUACCAAGAUGAGGACCACAUCGCAACUGCAUUAAGACUCUGCAUGGAAUGAUUUUUGGUGGUAUUGUAUUGGUACUCUACAUGAUAUCAUCAUUACCCACACAAUUAUAUAUGACAGAAGGUCUAAUUGAUCUUUAUAAUAAUGAUCAAGAGUGUCAAAGCAUUGGAGUAGUCCAGAAUAAAGAUUUUUUUUAAUAAGUGGCAUUUGUGGCCAAAAUACUGGGUGGGGUACUGUGUGUUUCUUCCUGAACCCAAAUUGUGAAUCAGUAAAGAUACCACUUACAG